UUUUCCAACAAGGAGUACCCUAUUUACCCAAAUCCACCGUUCUUUGGAGCCUCAUCCCCUCCAUCCAUGGACCCGAGACGGCUGGCCUCCAUCAUAGCCAUCUUGUGGUUAACGCCCACCAUCGCCUCCGGAGAAGACUGCCGCCCUUCUUCUUGCGGAGAUCUCCGGAACAUAAGCUACCCCUUUCGCCUGACCACCGAUCCUCCCACCUGCGGAGAUCCCCAGUACAACCUCACCUGUGAUCAGAACCGAGCCGUCUUGGAGUUGUACUCGACCAAGUACUACGUGGAGAAGAUCUCCUACGAGGACCAGGUGGCCCGCGUCGUCCUCGCCGACCUCGAUCCCGCGAGCUGCUCCCCGCGGUCUCUACCCUUCGUGCCUCCGUCGAUAUUCACGUAUGGCGAUCCCUACGAGCUAGCGAGCGACACCAGCGUCACGUUCGUGACUUGCCCCGCAUCAUUGGAGGGCGAUCCUUCAUAUAUCCCCAUCGCUUCUUGUGUCGAUCAUUCUUCCCCCUCCAAAGAGUACUUGCAUGCGGUGGUGGGAUAUGUGACGGUGGCCGCUCUUCGGAACAGCUGCGCUACCGCAGGGACGGUGCCGGUGGCGGGCACGCUUCGGAAUCGCACGCAGGCUGCGGUUCGCGACGUGUUGCUGGGAGGGUUUGACAUCUCGUGGUACUACGUGGCUUCGGAUCAUCGAUGCGAAAGCCCACUCCAAUCCGCUCGCUGUUUCUUCCAACAAUUAUGGCUCAUUAUACAAGGUGCCGUACCACCGUUUCUUUACUUUGAAGGACACUUUAUCAUACCAGGACGAACAAUCAUUGGGAUAUCAUGCUUGAUGGUCUACCUCGUAUACAAAUUACGAAGGAAGCAUAGAUCAAUGGACAGGAGAAUCGAAAAUUUCUUGAAUGACUACAGGAAUUCCAUGCCCAUCCGGUACUCUUAUCGGCAUAUCAAGAAGAUGACCAAUCAAUUUAAAGAAAAAUUGGGCCAAGGAGGUUAUGGUUCAGUGUUCAAGGGAAAGCUUACGACAGGCCGUCCAGUGGCAAUAAAGAUUUUAGAGAAGGCCAAAGGAAAUGGGCAGGAUUUUAUCAAUGAAGUGUCCACCAUUGGAAGGAUUCACCACACCAAUGUGGUGCAACUCAUUGGUUUUUGCUUUCAUGGUUCAAACAGAGCUUUAGUUUAUGAAUUCAUGUCCAAUGGAUCACUAGAUAAGUAUAUAUAUUCGCAAGAAGGAAAGGAUGAGACAUUGAGUUGGGAGAAGAUGCAAGAUAUUGCCCUUGGAAUAGCACGAGGGAUUGAAUAUCUUCAUCGAGGUUGUGACAUGCAAAUUUUACAUUUUGAUAUCAAGCCUCACAACAUCCUUUUGGAUGAUAAGUUCAACCCCAAAGUAUCUGACUUUGGAUUAGCAAAACUCCAUCCUAUGGAAGAGAGUAGGGUUGCGGUAACUGCUGCAAGAGGAACCAUAGGAUACAUGGCCCCUGAGCUAUUCUACAAAAGGGUUGGUGAAGUCUCUUACAAGUCCGAUGUUUAUAGUUUUGGGAUGUUAUUGAUGGAAAUGGCAGGCAGAAGGAAGAAUCUAAACCCACAUGCUCCACGAACCAGUGAAAUCUACUUCCCCUCAUGGAUUUAUGACCAGCUUGAUCAAGGAAGAGACUUGGAAAUGGAGGAUGCCACUGAUGAUGAAAAGGAAAUUGCAAAGAAACUCCUAAUGAUAGCACUACGGUGUAUACAAAUGAAUCCGGCAGAGAGACCAUCUAUGAGCCAAGUUGUAGAAAUGUUAGAAAACAAAAUGGAGGAUUUGCAAAUGCCAUCAAAGCCUUUUCUAUCAUCUCUAGGCAAGGUGUUCAAGGAAGAUCAUGCAAUCUUCAUGGAAUCCUCAGAAUCGUUAUGUGAGCCUGGAAGCAAUACAAACAAUAGAUCAUAUGAUGAGAUAAUCUCUUGCUCUUCCAAAUAAUAAAGUAAGGGAAGGUGUCUAAUAAGGAUAUCUCAGUGUUCUUGUGGUCGUCUAAUAGAACAGUUGAAUAUUGGAUGUCUUAGGAGGGGCUUCCUGUCAUCUGUGUACUCUAAAUAAGGUGGAUAUUAUGAACUUGUAUGUUGGUAUCACUGUGAACUUUAUCUGUGUACUCUGAAUAAUGAUAUUAUGAACUUGUAUGUUGUUAUCCCUGUGAACUUUGUUUACUAAAGUUGAAUAAAAUGUUGACAAAAUGAAAUGAAA